UACAUGUCCGAAUAGUAGAGUCAGUGGUUACCUAUGGUGGUUACAUGGCUAACGAUGUAAACAAAAGUAGUUAUACGCACUGAAACUAUCUCAUGUUAGCUGCUAAAGUUUGCUAACAAUGUUAGAAACUUUAAUGACUUGCGUACUGCAUUUAGGCUUUGACACAAUCUAUUCAAGUAAGUUGCUGUAACGUUAGUUACUUCAUUUCAACUCACGCAACUAACGCGUUGUCGCAGUUUAGCUAGCUAGUUAUGUUUGGCUAUCGUUAGCUAGUCACGGUAAUGAUGCCGCAGAGGUUGCUUUGUUAGUUAACGUGAGGCAAGUUAGCGCAAAAUUAUUAAACGCCGACAGUGUCACUUCAGAAUGGAGGCUCUGGGAUCUCUGCAAAAUCCUGACCUGAGCUCUGUCCUGUCAUCCUGUGAGCCAGAGCUUCAGGAGCUGAUGAGACAGAUUGACAUUAUGAUCAAUCAUCAGAAGAGGGAGUGGGAGGCUGAGAUCCAGGCCAUGGAGCUCAGGCUGAAAAGUGGGGAAGAAGAGCUGUUGACUUCCAAGAAUCUCAUUGAAAGGAGGAACUUGGAGAUCGGAUUGCUCCGCAAGCAGCUAGAAGAAGUCCAGCCCAGUCGACAAGACUUAGUUACCAAGUAUGAGCAGCAACUGCAGAAAGUCCGGGAAGAGUUGGAUAAAUUAAAGAGAAGUUAUCUCAAGCUUCAGCGCAAACAGCUGAAGGAGACCAAUGGAGUUCUAAAUACCCAAGAGGCAGACCGUUUAGAGGUGACCCGACUCUAUAAAAAGAUUGAGGAAUAUCACCAGCACUCUGUAGAGUGGGAGCAGCAGCGUAUCCAGUACCAAAAUCAAGUGACGGCACUGGAGACCCAAAAUAAGAGCCUGUCUGAAGAGCUCACACACCUGAAAUCCCAGUGGGCAUUGUACCAAAAGGAGAGCGAGCACAGGGAGGGAUUUGAGAUGCGGCGUCUGCGUAUGCAGCUGGAGAAGGCUCAGGGCAGCAUGCACUCACAGGAGCUUGAACUGGAACGCCUCCGACCGCUCGAGAAAUGGGUGGGACAGAACCAGAGAGAACAGGUCAGCAGAAUGGUCCCUGCAGAGGGAAGGGAGGAACUGGGAUCCCAGAACCCAUUAGAGCAAAGAGCCGGUUUUGAACGCCAACGGCUUCACAAUGGAGCUGCCAGACUCAACCAAGCUCUGCAAGCUAAAGAUCAAGUCAUUCGCUCUCUGGAGGCCUGCCUGGCCGCGCGGGAAGGCACCGGUGUGGAAAUCUUCAGACAAGAUCUGGAGAAGACCGCAAUCAGGUUUUACUGCGCCGAAGCAAGCGAGGCUCAUCUUAGGGCUGAACUGGCAUGUUGUAAAGAGAGACUGGAGAAAGUGAGCGGACAGAAGACGGACGAGCUGAGGAGCUUUAAAGCCCAAUAUGAUUCCUCUGUUGCUGAAAUAAAAAAGCUCAGAGAAGAGCUGCAAAGGGCCAGGCAGACUCACAGCGGUGAGGUGGAGGGAAUGAGGAAGGAGGUGUCUAAGCUGACCGCCGAGCUGCACCAACGUGACGUCACCGUCGCCACACUGAAAGGCUCUUCAUCCAGCGUCCCGCCGCAGCUCCGAGGCCAGGUGGAGCGAGUUGAACCGAAGGCAGCUGAGCUCAGAGAGCCUCUGUCAGUGUCGCCUGCAGACAGCAUGGUCUCUCAUUUCCUGGAGGAAGAGAGCUUUCUGGCCAAGCAGCUGGUCCAGAGACUGGACACCCACAUCCAGGGUAUGAGAGAGAACACUGAUGACAUAGUGUCCAAGUACCUGCCAAGUGGCUCAGGGCCCGAGUCUGCCCAGACUUCACCACAGAAUAGUUAGUGAUGGAGUGAGGAGGAAUAAAUCUGAAAAACGGGCCUUGAA